AUGACCUACGUCUCAAAUGAUCCCAGUUGGUGGCCGACAAUCGAUUUCAAUAUUUUUCUCAGCUAUUGGACAGUUGCCGCGGGCGUCGUGGUGGUAUACGAUUGGGUCUUAACACUCGGACAAGAGAUUGAACUCAUCUGGAGACAACGCUGGUCUCUCAUGACCACGCUGUAUUUGAUUGUUCAUACGCUAUAUUGGAAUACCGUAUUCUAUUGUCAAUAUUCUGCAAUAUGUGCCAUCGGUAUCGCUGACAGAUGCAGGGUGGGUGAAAUUACGCCCAUUGAAUUGGCUCAACAUAAUGACUCAAUAGGUGUAAGCAAUAUAACGUACUACGCACUAAAUGGUAUAAAUGUGGCCAUGGCUGCCAUGUUGGGCGUCGUCAUGAUUGCUCGGUUGCAUGCCAUGUAUCAGGGAUCUAGAGCGAUGCUUAUGUUCCUAGUUAUUAUCUUCCUGGCUGUAAACAUCGCCUGCGGAGUAAUCGCAGCAAUAGACCUCAAGGAUGCUGCAGUGGAGAAGUUCAUACUCUCUGGCACAUAUAUGUGCGGUUAUGUAUCCGAAGGGAACAACCAGCUUCUGUAUUCAAUGGUUUGGAUGCUCAACACUGCUUGGGAGGUCCUCGCACUGUGCCUUUCAGUCUGGGUUGCUGUGAAACACUUCCGUGAGCUGCGACAAUUCGGCCCAUCGACAGGAUCGACCAUCGGAGACUGUUUCAGAGUGCUCAUACAAUCUCACGUUCUUUAUUUUGCAAGCUUUGCUGGUGUCUCUGGCCUUCAGUUUACUUAUCUCUCUCCAGAAAUCGCGAAUUCCAAUUCUAUUGGAGCUCAGGUACUCAAUGGUACUCUUCAAAUUUUAUUGGUCGUGCAAAUGUUUGUGCUGGGACCACGCCUCAUCCUUGGCGUUCGAGAAUACCACGCCAAAUUCGUGGCAUACUUUGACGCGGAAACUAGCAUGGAUUCGAUUGUUUUCCAAGAGCAUGUACAUGCCAUCAACUAGCAGUACUAUGUAAGGACAUGCUUGCCAAGUGGUCUGCAGGGAGGAGAAAUUCGGUGGAGGAUCCGUCGUGGUAUUUAUUUAGCAUAUAGGGUUUCGAAGUAUACUUAAAAGGUCCAGG